AUGUACUCGCGAAGAAGACGCCAGUAUCAGAAGCUACCAGGCAGAGAUACGGAAUUAAAAUUCGACGCCUUUGUGUCCAUUGAUUCGCACGACAUGGACUGGAUGAUGACAGAAGCGUGUUCUUUUCUGGAAAAUGACCUGGGACUCAAGCUGUGUAUUCACAGGCGCGACUUCGAGGGCGCGAAAAUGAUCAUAGACAAUAUUAUGGACUGCAUGGAACAGAGCAAGAAGACCAUUCUCGUAGUAUCCAAUGACUUCGCCAGGAGCCACUGGUGCCGCUAUGAGGUCCAGCUUGCCCUGUACGACCACUUUAAGAAUGGCAAGGAUGUGGUGAUUGUCAGGGAGCCUGUAACCAAGAAGCUAAUGUUCAAGUCUCUGAAAGCUUUGUUUGCCAGCACUACCUACAUACAAUGGGAGGGGGACAGUAGAACUGUGAGUGAAGGAAGUUUUUACAUGUUAGGUUGCAAAAGGUUGGCAAAAUGGGGUGUAGAGGUGUGA